AUGAGUCCUGCACAGUUUGCCGUCAGUCUUACAUUUUUGUUAUUUUUCAAAAUCGCUCAGACCAUUCUCCAGGUUUCCUCAUCUGUUCAACAAGACAGUCGAUUUGUUUCAGUAAAAGCUGGAGAAAGUGUAACUCUGCAAUGUUUUCGUGACCUUGAUACAGCUGCCAGGGCUUACUGGUACAAACUAACUAUGAGUCAAAAACCACAACUUAUUUCUACUGUCUUCAAGUACGACCCAAAUGGAACUUUUCAUAAUGAGUUCAAAGAUAAUCCGCGCUUCACUAUAGAUGCUAAAGGAAAUCAAAACAACCUUAAGAUUACAAAUCUGCAACCCUCAGACUCUGGGAUUUAUUACUGCGUCACCGGCCAUUCAUACAAGAUUGAGUUUGAUUGGGGAACCAUCAUUCACGUCAAUGGAUCAGGAUUAAACAUCCAGGCUUUGGUCCAACAGUCAGAAACUGAGAUUUUCCAGCCUGGACACUCUGUGACUCUUAACUGUACGGUGCAAACUGGGAGCUGUGGUGGAGAACACAGAGUUUACUGGUUCAGAAACUCUGAGGAACAUUAUCCAGGACUAAUUUACACCAAUGAAGGGAGCAAUGAUCAGUGUGAGAGGAAGCCUGGGGAACAAAGUAAUGAAUGUGUGUUCAGUUUGCCACUGAAGGACCUCACUGUGUCUCAUGCCGGGACUUAUUACUGUGCCGUUGCCUCAUGCGGACAAAUACUGUUUGGAAACGGGACGAACCUGAAUGUGAAGAUGAAGCUAGACUCUGUGUAUCUCCUGACAGGAGCUUUGGUAUUCACCACAUUCCUAAGUGUUUCGCAGGCCGUGUUGUUGUUCGUUCUCUGCAAGAGAAACCACUCUAGAGACCCAGACUCUCAGUCCAGAAGGUCUCCUCCUUCAACAACCACUGCAGAAGGUGAAAAUCUUCAUUACGCAGCUUUUAAGACCGGAAGAUUAUCAGACCAGAAGAGCAGCAGAUCAGCAAGGCAGAGAAAUGAAAUGACUGACUGUGUGUACUCCUCUGUUGUUUCUUAAGCUGGGAAACUGAUCUAAGAUAUCAUACUUGUUAAAUUGGACUGAACCAAUCUUUAAUUUCUUUUAUAUGAGUAAUUUCUUAUCUCUGCUAACUUGUUUUCUCGUUUUGACGACAAACUGCCUGCUGAGUCGCCGUUACACGCUUAGAGUUUUAGAGGGUUUUCUGAUCUUGAAUUUUCGUCAAGAAAUUAAAUUUACCACAAAAAAACAACAAAGCGUGGCACGUUACGACGUCGUCUGCAGGUCCGAUGUCACCCACGUGUUACCACAGACCCAGUUCUGUGACCUACAUCACUGUUUGCCUGAUACCAGAGUUCAUGUCAUAGAUCAAAAUGCUCCCGAAUGGUCCUCACCAGAAAACUCACUUUUAAAUAUAAUUUCAAUAAGACAACAUCUGGUGCAAGAAAAAAAAAGAGGUAAUUUAAGUUGUAAUUGAACCACAUUUUUAAGGAUGUUGCUCAUUGGGGAAGGAGGGAAGGCACAUGCUCAGAUGGAAAAACGUCACGUUGUGUGGUUUAUGUAACCACCAGCUGCUUUGGUAGAGUGAGAUGUUUUGUUUUUUAAAGGCACAGCUUAAAAAUGUUUACUUGUUUCACAUCAAUAGUCAUGUCAUCUGAUGCAAAUAUUUAACAAUGUUCAUCACUAUACAAAGGGCCUCAAAGCUACAACAGAGUCUGUAAAAUGAACAACCAUAUUAUUAUUUUUUACUUGAAAAUUUUCAAUUUUUCCUAUGAUCUCUCCAGAGAAGCUGUAGGUCACAUUAAAUGAGUUGACUUCAUAAAACCUGAUUAACCAGUGACGAUUCAGCAGCUUAAAUUGAACAAAAUCCAAAGAAGAGACGUUAAAUCUCUACGGAACGAUGUACUUGUUGAGUGCAACAAGGCGCUCAUCAAAAUGAAUAAAAUAUGCUCAAAAAACUGCUGUAAUUACGUCUAUUGCUGGAAGUCAUCCGAUAUCCUACAGUGUUAUCAGUCCUCCAAUAGGUUCAAACUGAAACCAACAGCAAAGUGUGUCCAUAUGAAGA